UGGUCGUGUCGCGUACAUACAAAGGAGAGGAAAAGUUAACUAAAAAGAAAUGAUAUCAAGAUUUUGAUGUUUAAGUGAUGUACCUACGAAGGGAGUUAGUGAGUGAGGCAAGGGUGAAGUCCUGGUAAAUAAAUCAGGAAGAAUUAAAAUAUGUGGCGUAUUUAGUAAAAAAGUUACGAUUUUUAACUUGAUGCUGACAGUUUUGAACCGAAAUGUUGACAGAAUGUUAAAAAGGCAAUUAACUAGUGUCUAGCAUUUAAACAUUUGGUGAAACAAAAGUGGCAAGUUCACAGCCUACUCCUAUCAGGAUUCUCUGUUUAACUGUGUGAUAAUUCAAUUUCCACUGAAAUGCACUAAAUCUGCAACGCACCAAAUUUUUACUUCGUCGCAUUUGUGGGAGUAUAAUUAAAUGAACCACGUGGAAAUCUAAAAUAAUAAAGAGAUGUGGUCAGCGCUAAGAAAUGCUUAAGGUAGUACAUAAAUAGGCGUCAUUUUUGAUUGUGAAAAGAUUGUUAUGGCGGAGCUAAAACUUAAUAAAAAAAAGUAAGUAACUAAAUUCGCCUCAGCGCAAGCAAACUGUGAAGUGCAUAAUUAAAAGAGACCAUUCCCAAUUGGCACUCAAUGCAAUGAAAUCGCAGACAUUUUACGUCAAUCCCAUAAAACGUGUCCUUGCCCAUUGAGUCACGUGCGUGCGUUUGCCGUAGAGUGGCUUCAAGUGUUGUCGAGUGUGCACUUGCCUACUCUGCGUUUAAUUAUCUUAAUUGAAUGUGCGUUUUAUGAGGUGCCCCCAACUAGCUGGCAAGCGCGAUACGAGUAAUUGUUGCUCGAAUAAAUAAAAAAGAAACAAAAACAAAAAAAUAAAAAAUAACCAGAAGAUACAUCGAAAAACCCGCAACGAGUCGCUCACUUGACCAAGUGCCAGAAAACCUCCAACAAAAUAGCCGCACAACGAUAACGACUACUACUUUUUUAUAAUUUGUACGUAAAAAUUUCGAAGUGUGUGAACAAGAACUAAGUCCAUCCGUGUGUGUUCGUUGGUGUGUGUGUGUGCUGAAGGCCAUAUUGCUGCAAAUAACAAUUUGUGCCACACUGAGUGUUAGGCUGUGUUGCGCAAACAGCAAAAUCACAUUCAAAUAAAUGAGGAACAAAUCGAAGCGCACACCAACAACGAAAACAAAACCAACAACAUAGCUUCAUUCUAUCCGUUCGAGAUCAGUCGCCAAACAUCAGCAACCGAUUGCUGCCGCGGGUGAGUUGGGACGCGGCCUUCACGCGCCGUCAUCACGCGCCGCCAGCCACACACAAUUUCCGAUAACAGCUGAACUACAAUAACAAUGUAAAAACGCAAAAUUGUCAUCAGCAGUCAGCAGUCAUUGGCAUUGAUUUUCUUUUUGUGAGUUCAUUUUCAUUUUGUGAAUAUUCUUUGGACGUCAAUGCCGCGCCAACUCAUUGCUGCUGUCGUCCUCGUAGUCAUCGCUAUUGCCUUGUCAUUUUGGUAAUUGCGAUAUCCCUACGCUGUUUGCAUAGCAGAAACAGUCAAACACCAAAAACAAAAAAAAAAAGAAAACAAAUAUCUGAAUUUCGGAUGAAAUGUUGCUGGAAUACGUAAUGAUGCUGCUUGUGUUCGGAUUAACCACAACCGUUGAGCGGAGCCACAUAGACGCGCUAGCAUUCGAGGGUACGACAAGACAUCCGCCACAUCAUCACCAUACACCGCCGACGCUGGCGCCGCCACCAUUACAUACACUCACACCCAGUGGGCAUCAGCUGUCUCAGCAGUUUUUGGAAUCCAUGUCACUAGCAGCACAGCUGCCAUCCACUACAUCACUCUCGUCGUUGUCAUCGUCUUCAUCCGCAUCGCUGGCAUCUCUUUCACAGCUCGAGCUCUCUAAUGCCAUCGUGGACAGUUUCGAAGGCGUCGGCAGCAGCGUUGAGCCGCAAUUUGAAAACACCACCGAACGCGAAGUGAUUGCGGCCGUCGGCACCACAGCCCGCAUGCACUGCCGUGUGCGAAAUCUUGGUGAUCGCGCCGUUUCGUGGAUACGCAAGCGAGACCUGCACAUUCUCACCAUUGGCAUCAUGACGUAUACGAAUGAUCAGCGCUUCCUGGCGCGACACAUCGACAACUCGGACGAGUGGGUGCUGAAGGUGGUGUCGGUGCAGCCGCGCGACGCUGGCAUCUACGAGUGCCAAGUGUCAACAGAGCCGAAAAUCAGUCAGGCGUACAAGCUGAUGGUUGUGACAUCGAAGGCGCAAAUCCUCUCGAAUCGCGAACUCUUCAUACAAAGUGGCAGCGACAUUAAUUUGACGUGCAUCGCACCGCAAGCGCCCGGGCCCUACACGCACAUGAUGUGGUACAAGGACAGCGAAUUAAUUAACGAUUCAACGCGCGGCGGUAUACGCGUCGUAUCGGAGCAGCAAAUGAAGACGAGCAAUUUGGUGAUAUCGCGCGUGCUGCACCGGGACUCGGGGAAUUACACAUGCGCGGCAGAUAAUUCAAAUUCCGACAGCGUGUUUGUGCAUAUCAUCAAGAGUGAGCAGCAUGCGGCCAUGCAACACGAACUGGCCACACGGAUGCAGACGCCGCGGCUACUG